GCCGCCAUCAUGGUGCGGAAGCUGAAGUUCCACGAGCAGAAGCUGCUGAAGCGCGUGGACUUCCUGAACUGGGAGGCGACGGACCACAACCUGCACGAGCUGCGCGUGCUGCGGCGCUACCGGCUGCAGCGUCGCGAGGACUACACGCGCUACAACCAGCUGAGCCGGGCGGUGCGGGAGCUGGGCCGCCGGCUGCGGGACCUGCCCGAGGAGGCCCCGUUCCGGCGCCGGGCCACGGCCGCGCUCCUCGACAAGCUGUACGGGCUGGGGCUGGUGCCCACCCGCGCCUCCCUGCAGCUGUGCGACCGCGUCACCGCCUCCUCCUUCUGCCGCCGCCGCCUGCCCUGCCUGCUGGUCGGCCUGCGCAUGGCCCAGCACCUCCGGGCCGCCGUGGCCUUCGUGGAGCAGGGCCACGUGCGCGUGGGGCCCGACGUGGUCACCGACCCCGCCUGCCUCGUCCCCCGCGCCCUCGAGGACUUCGUCACCUGGGUCGACUCCUCCAAGAUCAGGCGACACGUCGCCCGCUACAACGACCAGCUCGACGACUUUGACCUGGACGCCUAGGGCCACGGGCCCCCUCCCCCGGACCACCCGGGGGCGCCCCGUGACCUUUGACCCCCUCCCCCGGUCC